CUGCCCCUCGCACAGGCUAAUCUCCAGGGGGAAAGAUGGCGGCCUCCGCCGAUGCGAUGGAUGCGGCAGAAAAGGCAAGAGGGAAAUACGCUGCCCUCUCCUUUGCUACCAUUGCUGUUGUGGUGGGACUGCCCCUUUGGUGGAAAACAACGGAGACCAACCGGGCCUCGCUGCCUUACUCCGAGAUCGCCAACUUGGACACUCUGCUGUUCCAGCUGACUGUGCCGAUCUCGGUUGUGUUUGCCAAAGGGACUCUGCUGGGGGACCAGGAGAGGAAGCUCCCCUUUAAAGAGGAUCAGGAGGCAGAGACUCCCUUAAACCCGAAGACCAGCGUGACAGCCCACUAUCAGAUAUCCUAUCGGCGUGCCACUCCCCAGGAAGAACAGGUGCUGUCCCAGGUCUCUGGACAAGGCACAGGUGAAGUGGCGCUGCCAGCACAAGAGGCCCCGGCAGGCUCGCUCACCAUCUAUGUGAUACCUUCCAGUUCUCGUCUUUUGCCACAGGAGACGACUAUGUACGUCGGCAAGCGCCGCAGUGCCGUCAUUCGGGCCCCGCAAGGUGCAGCGGAUGUGCUGGCAGCCAUGGGUGCACAAAUACAGCAGGUGACCCGGGUCAUGUCCUUCUCAGCCGAGUCCAUCACAGGGGCCCUCUCUGACCGCAUGCCCAUCCUCCAGCCGGGUACUGAGUGGAAGCGGCCCUUCAAAUCCAGCUUAGCUGUCCGUCGCUACGUGGAGCCCCUCCUGGGCAAGCUGAGAGUGGUGGCAGAGAUCUCCGUGGACUCACAGAUCCUCUACUAUGCAGCACUGGGGGUCGUGCCCCGCUUUGAUGCGCCUUCCUCCAGCUUCAUACUCAGUGCUCACAGCCUGCCCCAUGUCAUUAACCCCGUGGAAGCCAGGCUGGGUUCCAGUGCUGCCUCGCUCUACCCCGUGCUCAAUUUCCUGCUGUAUAUCCCGGAGCGUUCGCACUCACCUCUCUACAUCCAGGACAAGGAUGGUGCUGCUGUUCCCACCAACGCUUUCCACAGCCCACGCUGGGGUGGGAUUAUGGUAUACAGCAUCGAGCCAGAGGCAGCCAAUGAGACUUCCUUCCCAAGGCGGGUGGACGUGGACAUGGGCCGGGUGAUGGAGGUCUUUCUGGCCCAGCUACGGUUGCUGUUUGGGAUCCUGCCGGUGCCGCUUCCAGAGGGGGCCCUGCUGGAAAGCUUUGGGAACGAAGGCCUCUCCGCCUGGGAGCUGGAUCGCCUCCUGUGGACCCGCACUGUUGAGAACGUAGCCACUGUGGCCACCACCCUGACUUCAUUGGCCCAGCUGCUGGAGAAAAUUAGCAACAUUGUCAUCCAGGACGAUGUGGCAUCGCAGGUCUUCCGUGCUGUGGAGUCGGCCCAGAAGGCGCUGCAGGAUUUGGGCAUGGGCCACCUGGAGUCUGCCUUCCAGGCCAGCAAAGAGGCCAUCAUGUCCUCCGAACGGGCCUUUUUUGACCCGUCGCUCCUGCAUCUCUUGUAUUUCCCCGACGACCAGAAGUUCGCCAUCUACAUCCCGCUCGCCCUCCCGAUGGCCGUUCCCAUCCUGCUGUCCCUGGCGAAGAUCGUGCGAGAGGCCAGGCAGAAAAAGAAGGCAGAGAAAGAGGCCACCAAAACAGACUGAGCCCCCCUCCUUGACUCUUGUGCAUGCCGUGGUGGGAGAGUUGGGGAUGCAGAGGCUGGGAGGGGGGGGGCAGCAGCACUUUGUCCCACAAAGGGGAGUUGUGGGGCACCGGGAUGACUAGGAUGGCUUGACCAGGAUGGCUUGACCACAGAAGUUUCUGCCGGACUCUAAGAUGGAAGUUUCCGCUACACUCUCAGCUGGAAAUGUCCUGGAGCAGAGAAAUUGCAGCUCAGUCUGUACUGGAGUGGGCAGGCCUUUCGGGGAAGGGGGGGGACCUACAGAGGGCUUUGCUGCUGGUGGAAGGUGGGGGGGCUGGUUCCUUCCUAGACCACCAAGAGUCACAAGUGAAAGCUGUUUGGGGCAUAGGGGCCUGUGCAGGAGGAGAUGUGGGGGUGGGAGCAUUUCCCUCCACACACACACCCCUACUCCUGCAGAAACUGGCUAGCUCUAGGGAAAGAGGCAUGUUGGACUAAUCCUGUCUGCUUGCCGGGAGGAUGGGGUUCUGGCAGGGAGGAAGGGGGCUGCCUCUCCUGUAUCAAACCUAUCUUGAGUCUGCAAUAAAAAGUCCCACCAUCUGGAAGCCUGGUCACUCCUGACUCCUUUCUGGCCUCUGUGUUGGGGGUGAACCUGGGGUGGGAUGCUCCCUCUAAGCUGUGGCGUCUUGUGAGCAAAAAAAUUAAC